AUGCGUUUGCUUUCAUUCUGCGCGCUUGGCUUGGUAUACCUUUCCAAUGCCGCACCGCUCGUGCCGGGCAGAGCGUUUGAUAGGUUGAUAACCAUCUGGCUGGAGAACCAAGAUUUUGCCAAGGUAUCCGAAGAUGUCAAUAUCAAGGACCUAAAGAAGCACGGCAUCCUCCUCACUCGCUACUAUGGAAAUACCCAUCCCAGCCAACCCAACUAUCUGGCUGCCGUGGGGGGUGACUACUUCGGUUUAAACCACGGCGGGUUCGUCCGCGUGCCCGAGAAUGUCCCAUGGGCGGGCUACUUUGAGGACAUGCCGGGCCCUGGCUACAUGGGCAUGGGCAUGGGCAGUGAUGGGAAGACCCGCAGCGGGCAAUGGGACUACGUUCGGAAGCACAACCCAUUCGUCUCGUUCGAUAGCAUCAACAUGAACGGAUCGAGGUUGCUCAAACUGCAGUCGUUCGACGACUUCCAGCGCACUUUUGCCGCUAGAGACGUACCGCAGUUCGUCUUCAUGACGCCCAACAUGAUGAACACCGGGCACAAUUCGACGCUCAAGUACGUGACAGACUGGUCCAACAAAUUCCUGAAGCCAUUGUUGGCGGACGAGGCAUCCGACGGCCGAACCUUAAUCAUGCUCACGUACGACGAGUCCGAGACAUACGAGGAGCCGAAUCGUAUUGUUAUGUUGCUGCUCGGGAGCGCUGUUCCGCCGGCGCUAAAGGGAACAACAGACGAUACGUUCUAUACGCACUACAGCAUCCUGUCAACGGUCGAGCACAACUGGGAGCUUCCGAACCUGGGCAGGUACGAUGUUCCCGACAACGCAGCGAGUGUGAACAACUCGGUCUCCUAUCUAGGCGCGCUCAACGACGGCCUGGCCAGUUUCUUGCCAAUUCCGUCUCCUAACGUGCGGUUGGUCGGUGCCGGAGAGCUUCCUGUACUGGCGAAGAUCAGGAUGGCUUGGAUGACACAUAUGACUGAGCAGACUCCCUACAAUGGGAGUGGCAAUUUUGUCGAUGGCGACGAGAAUCUACCUGUUUAUAGGCCACAGGUCGCAAACCAAAGAUAG